AUGUUUUGGAGUCAUGUUGAAAAAUUUAAACAAAACAUUUUAUGUAAAUUUUUCCUACGUUAAUCAAAUAGUCAUGAUUUGAGUUUAAUUCGUUUUUUAGGUCUGAAUGUUCGAUCAUGAGUUGAAGUCCGUGGACCAACGAAGAAUACCCUAACACUGUGGAGUAUCCCACAAGAACAAUCCCAUGAAACGACAGGUGGAAUUGCCUUCCUCCCUGUCAAAUUUCUGAUUGUUUUUGCUCUUUUGGUUGUGAAAAACAGGUGUACAAACUUGUAAUUGAAAGAAAAUCAAUCUCGCACUUUAAUGCUUGAGAAAUUCUUUUGGGAACUUUCAUUCUCAAUUGUUCUAAUCAGCAUACACAGAAGAAUACAUUCGUCUAAAAAAGUGUUUUCAAUUGUAUCUUUCUUCCGCAGGACCAGAAUUAUUAACUUGUCUGUCAUGAAGAGGGGUCUUGAUUCUUAUUACCAGUCCACAUGCCAAUUGCGUCUCAGCAGCGUCUUACAACUCUCGAGAAAUCUAGAAUGGGCAUUUUAUCAUAAAUCAACAGGAUACCCAGACAUAUUCAUCACCCUAGGAGAUUUCAGAUAGCAGAUAGGAUAUUCAUGGUAUAUUUUUAGACAGAGUUCUUUAAUUGAGACAAUUGCGAAGCUCAAGGACUGAAAAAUUAAGAAGAAAAACAGCAGAAGAAUGUGUAGACUGGACAUUACACAAAACCAUAAAAGAUCUCCCAUUAUCAUCAGUAUGUAUGAAUAAAAAUAGAGUUAUCUGUCAGGGAAUCUUUUGUUUUCAUUGCCAAUAAUAGCGAAGAACAAGAUAAGUUUAGGAACGCAACUAAAAUUUAAUAGCCAUACUCACGGUCUUCGGGUUCGGAUCAAGUAUCCUAUGAAUUAAGGACUCUGCUCCGGGAGAGAACCAUGAUGGACAGGAAAACUCCGCAGCAUUGGUCUACACAAUAGGUGGAUGCAGGUAACCAUGAGAGCAUGACAACCUAGGUUCAUAAAUUGGGACCAAAGAGAUGGUUGCUAUGUUGCUGACAAAGUGAAAAGUACCUUUCUAAGUAAGGUUGGAAGAUCACACUCAUCAAACGGGAGAUAUCCGGCCAUUAAAACGUAAAGAAUCACCCCGCAAGACCAUAUAUCUGCAGCAGAACCGUCAUAGCCUUGAUGACCAAGCACCUAAAGUGUCAUUGACUUUGGUUAGUACUUUCAAGAAACAACACUUAUCAAGGAUGCGCGAAAGGAUCAAUACACAAUACGACAUAUAAUAGUGGGAGCAGCAAAAGUCAAAAUAGUGAAGGAUGGAAUACAGGAGCCCAGCCUUUCUAUGGCUCGACAAAUACAAACUAAUGUUAUUCUCGGCAUCCCAAGAAAAAUUACCGGAACUACAAGGACACAGCAAUGAGUACCCCACAACUCCAGCUCGCAUCCUUUCUUAAAGGCUUUUAAACAGGAUAAAUUACAUCCAUUUCACGCAUUAGAAACAUGCAUGGUCUAUGGGCAUCUUUUCUUGUCUAUUACACUAUAGUUCACUGAUACUCCAAUAAUUUCCUCAGCAUCGUGUCAUGACACGAGAUGACAACAAAAGAUGUGACUAGUAAGUAAGAGUUGGGAUGCUAGUUCACAUGUAGAUAUGAUUGUGCGGUAAUAACUUCCAGAGCUAUCCAUUCUUACAAGAACGGGCCCAUUUCCUUCCAAUGCUUACUUUGGGAUAUAAGAUUGUCAAGCAUAGCUCCUGCAAGACGCUUGACUUAAGGUGAAAUGCAACCAAUCAUAAAUAGAUAAAAUUGAGAAAAAUUAAUUUACCACAGACGCCUCUAAUGGAGAGAAAAAUCUUCAAACUAUCUAGCCUACUGCAUCGUUGAGAAAUCACCACAGAUGGACAUAAAAGUGAAAUAAAAACCAGGAACCAUGGAAAUCUGAAUAAGCUACAAGGCCGAUCAUGAAGAGCAGACAUUACAGAGAUUGUAACCUGACCAUGAAUUUAAAAACCCUUCUUUUUCCAUAGACAAUUAUUUUCCUUGUUUCUUUCAUCUGAAUCUCCAGAACCCCCUUUUAUGAAAAAAAAAGAUAUAAUGCACAAGAGAGAGAUAACUGACCAAAUUAAAAAAAAAUCCAAAAUUUCACGUAUAUUCAAGAAGCAUUCAUGUAUGUCCAAGAAAUAAAAUAUAUAUAAUCAGUUAUUCACCUAUAUAUUCCAGAAAAAAAUUAAUAAUUCACGUCACUACUGAUUCUGUUUGUUAUGCCACAUAAUUCCCCAUUUUAUUCUUAGAAAAAGUUUAGGCACAAAAUUGUGCGAUGAUUACAUCCAGAAAACAAAAAAUGGACAAGGAUCACCAAAGAUGGCAUAUCUUCAUCUUCUACUUCUUCCCAUUGAAUAUUCAAACUAUAUAAUCAGUUGUUGAAUCAAAUAAAAUGAUUUUUAUCGUUAAAAAAUCUCUAUUUCUUCAACAAUUUAUAUAAAUCAUUCAUUGAGUUUUAUUAGAUUGAGAAAUGAAAUUUUCAAACAGAAAACAACGAAAAAUGCAGCAAAUAAGAUAAAUGUAGACAAUGAUAAAGCGAUUUUUUUUAGUCAAACUAAAGAGGUUGACUUCUCCAAAAUAAGUGUUAACCCUAUGAAUGAAAUAGAAGCCAGAAAAUACAUGGGCUAACCCUUGAAAUAAAAAGGUUAAUAUCUACAAGAAAAUUAGAAACCAUGAAAUACAGAGGCUGACACCUGUAACAUAAAAUGUUGACACUUGUAGAGAAAAGACGAAAAAUAAAUUAUGAUUGUCAACUGUUGAUGAAUGAAUAGUUGAUGCAUAAGGUAGUUAAGUAUAUAGCAAAGGGCUGAGACUUGAGGUUUGACCGUGGCUAUUUUUUCUGAAAUUGAAAGUCGAAGCAUCUACAAAUAAAUCCGUAUUUCAGCUAAAAGAGGCAAAACCUUUUUAUAACAGCUGCUAGAGGAUCUCCAUUUAUUAAUGAUUAAGAAACAUAAGAUUCUCAAGCUUUAACAGAUCAAUUUUAUAAAUACCCAAUGGAUCCUUAAGUUUAUGUGGUUUGAAAAGCAUAAAAAGAUUGAAUGAAUACUCUGAGCUUGUCCCAACGUUCUCAUUUUUACAAGAAGAGUUAUAUCUAAGCCUGUUAUUUAUUAAUCCACGUUUGUCUAAGCUUGUUAUUGGGUGAGAGGUAUAGUUGAUACCUUGAGAACGAGAAUAUGAUAAACAUUAGAUUAGAUUAUACCUUGGAAGAGUCAGUCUACAUAGGUUUUUAGGAACUUAGGGGAAAAAUCCAAAGUAACGCAUGACAAGUGAAGGAGGGAUAUGAGUGAUUAGACCACCAUAACGUUCAUGUCCUUUUUUAUUGCGUGUAGAUUUUGAUACUUUACUAUCAUUUAUUUUCAAGAACAUCACUUUAAUACCCAUCUGUAGAGCCCAACAUCAGUGAUCUCUAUACAUCAUAGCACCAGUCUCAAUUGCAGUCUUUUGCUUCAAUAUCCAGAUCUAAAUGCAGAGCUCCCCAAAGGAAAUGGUGAACGACUCUCCCACCUAAUAAGACAAAUAUGAAUCUAGUGCUGUUGGUCACUUCAAUCAUACUCAUGCAAUUGUUUUGGGAAUUUAGCAACAAUUAAAGUUUUGGUUCUUCAUGAAUCGCUUAAGAACUGCGAAACUUUUGGAGAUAUUGAAUCAGCCAUAUUGAUAAAUUUUUGCAUCAGGCUUAUGGGUCAAUUCUUAUUUUUGAGUUUUCCAUCACAACAUUCACAUUUCUCCAAGGGCACAAGUAAAGUUUUCGUAUAUUGGAUAUUUCUUCAGAAAAAUUAGUUAACCCCACCAAAUCUACGUUGGAUAAAUUUGUCCUAAUACAUAUGCGUUUAUGUGACGAUUCCCCACAGAUAUCCUCGUGUCUUAUGAUUUUAGUAUAAUUCUGUUUGAAACAUUAGUCUAUGUUAGUAAUUGAGCCAUUGAUCCGUAUCACCCAGCACUCAACAAUGAUGGCAAGUAUGCAUAACAUGGUUGACCAUUCCCUUUAGCUGCAGAAGCUUGUCCAAAAUUUGAGCUCGAAAUAAGGUUCUAGGAUGCACCUCAGGAGCUACAUAAUUCGGAGUUCCGCAUGUUGUAUGAAGUAGGCCAACUCCCUAAACAUGAUAACCAAAAACAACAUAAAGAAUGGUAUAAAAGAGAUAACCUGGAAUCGCCUUAACAUGCCUCAUAAUCUUUAGAAGGGAAUUCUGCUUACUUGCUGGGGCAACGCACUGAGCCCAAAGUCUGAAACUUUCAAGUUUCCAUUUGAGUCAAGAAGAAGAUUCUCAGGCUGCACAUUGUACAUCAUAUUGUCACGAAAAAUAUCCAAAGAAAGAAAAGGCCAAAAAAUCAGAAGACCAGAAAUAAGCAAACCUUCAAAUCUCUAUGGUACACACCCUUACUGUGGCAAUAGUCAACUGCAUCUAUAAGUUGCUGAAAGUACCGCCUGGACUCAUUCUCAGUGAGUUUUCCUUGGUGGGCCUAGAGAGAAAAUUGACUUUUAUAAGAAAACGACAUGCACUAUCCCAUGAAUUAUAACCAAUCAGCGCAUUGUUGUUCCCCUAGAAGAUAGUGAACAGAUCACACUUCUCUGAUGAAAUGAAAUGAAGGAAUACAUAGCAAUUAUGGGACAUAACAAUGUCAUAGUCUCCAGUGUGCGUUCCCAAGUUAUAGAAUUAUGCAUUAUUAAGCACCAAUGAUGAGCUUCUUCAUCCCUAAUCAGGGUCAUCUUCAGGCUCGGGUAAAUUACUAAAAGCCAAAGUCAAACAUAUGCAUUUGUCCUCCACUAGGGCUUGCAAGUUUUCAACCACCAUUAUAAACCUUGGAAUGAACUUCUUUAUGUUUCUCCACACCGGUGUGUCUAGGAAAACGGUACUUCCUACCAUAACAAAGCAAGUAAGUGAACCAUCUUCGAGAUCAACAUCAGUGGAUUCAUGGAAAUCCAUAACCUGAGCCCCAAGUAGAGGAUUCAAGUUAUGCCCAACAUUGAUAAAUAGAUGUUAGUCUGGUAUGUUACUGAAAACUGAAAAGGUUCCCUAUUUUUACAUGGCCCGACAGAAGGCUGAGCUCAUCUAUUGUUUUCUCGAACAAUUAACCACAUUUCAACAUCAGAUAUACACGUUUUGAAUUUAAAAAACUUUAGACAGAUAACCAUGGAAUCACUGGUGAAAGGUAAAUAGAAAGUCCAGGGAGCGAAAAGAUGAUGAGUCGUCACAAAUAGAUCCGAAAAAGAAAGGUUUCUGUUAGAAUUGAAUGACAUGUCUAUCAUACCUCGGUUUACUAGAAAAAUUAAACAAAAGAGACCAAUGCAAAUAGCAUGCGUUCAACUUAAGUUUUCAUAAUCAUAAAAGCCUUACAAUUUUAUCAAACAAUUCUCCACCAGUGACAAGUUCCAGAACCAUGUAUAUUUUUGUUCGACUGGCCAAAACCUGAAGAAAUCGAUCCAAGCAAGAUUUUAAUGUUGAUUGUCCACAAAGCGGAAAACUUGACUUCCAGAAUAGUAUCAGAACGUAGGAGUCAUACCUCAUUCAAUCUAACUAUGUAUGGAUGCCUGACAAUCUUCAUUAUAGAAAUUUCCCUCUUGAUCUGCAAUAGACUUGUAGUUAGUAGAAAGUUAGGCUGGAAAUGGGAAGAACGGGGAUGCAAAGUCCAGUCAGGAAGAAUGCUGUCAGUAGAUGGUGUAUUCCUCUGGAUAACGGAGUUAUAGAGUGUCAUCGAUUGCAUUUUCUCAGAAGGCAUGUCGACAGUUAAGUCUAACAUAGAAAACAACGUGAAAGACAUGGUUGCUACACAUUGCCGAAGAUGUCUAACCUCAAGGCAAUUAAUUUUAAUUGAGUUGAUCCCACUUUGGGAAAUGAAGCAUCCCGAACGCAUGGUGCUUGGCAUUCGUAAUUCUAGAAGGAUUAAAAUCCCCAAAUGCCAUUUGAUCUGACUACAUGGCGCCUUCUUUUGAUUGAAAUCCAAAUAAUCCGAUACUUUGCACAAGAUUGAGGGGGAGAACGAGGAGAUGUGUGUCUGACAAAUAUGUCGACACAGACCGCCGGGUGGACCCGGUUAUCGAUGGGGAUCUUAAGCAUCCAACGUUGGGCAAGAAAUGGAAGAGACAACGAGGACGAGGGGAUCAAUAACCGGUUCAAUUAUGCGUAAAUUUUGGAUUCUGCGUGCGGCCGCGAAACUGUCCACGACAGCAAAGGACAGAAAGGCGCGCGUGCACAAAAAAUUUAAAUCGGCGGGAUCCGAAGUUCAGGUCCUGCGACCUACCUGAUCGACCAUCUUGUGCUUGAGGAUAGUGGACUUGGCGAGGACCUUCAUAGCGACGCUUUCCCCCGUCUCGGUGUCAUGGGCGAACUUCACCUUAGCGAAGGUCCCUUCUCCGAUGGUCCGGCCCACCUCGUACUUGCCCACCUUCCUCAUCCCCAUUCUCGUGCUGUGCCUAGCCCCGACGGCACCAAGCUCACCUAAUGUCAAGUCCACGGCCGCGUCACCGCCCCGAUGACACCUACGAGGGUAGCGAGCAGGACGCAAAACGGCGAGCUGUAUGUCGGUGGCGUUCAGGGAGAGAUUUCCGGCGCUGUAGGACCAGAGCAGGCGAUGGAUGGAUUGGAUGGACUACGGGAAGGAGUCAACCGGGAAUGCCUCAUGAGAGCCGGCACCCCCCUCCCGAACGGAAAUUCUUUCGACACAGAAGAAUUCCGAAGAAAAUAGGUCAGCAUAAACCCGUCGCGUCUCUUCUCUCUUUGGCGAACUUCUCCUUCCGAGGUUAAUCGAGUAAAUAUGAUAUCCAUUAAAAUGGAUAAAUCAAUCACCAGACCGGGGGCGAAAGUCCGCUCGACGAGUGCGUUCGUUCGUUCGGACAUGGGACCAUCUCGGCCGGCGAGCUGGGUUAUCCUCUCCGGCGGACUUGGUAUUCCCCGGAUGAAUAUUUCCAAAACCCAGGCAGUUCUCUCGGAGGGCCCUCUUCCCGCUUCGCUCGUCGGGGGACCCAGGCUUGGACGCAUUCAGAGAUGCCAGAUGCAUGGUCGCAUUCGCCCCAGCCGGAGCCGUGCGUUGUGGCAGCUCCUCAGGGGUGGGCGGGCAAAAGAAAGGUCCAACCCAAAUAUAUAAAUAGGCUCUGGCUGACCCUCUAUUCCCAAAUCUACAUUGCCAUUGUGUCCCAAGCAGACCUUAUUUGAUCCACCUAUUCAUGACCUUCUAGGUUACAAAAGAAUAGUAUAUUACUCUCAAAUAAAAGUUAAAUGUAGACCUUAUUUGCUCCAAGUUAAUCUCUAAUUCAUAAGGAUGAUGCUUCCCAUUAAUUAAAAAGAAGAGCCACUAUAGUUUUUCUUCUUUUACCCCUCGAGUUAGACUCACCUUAUCUUAUGAUGUGACAGCUUGAUAGCGUCAGACAUGAGGGCUACUUUUAACUACUCCUUUUCUGUUUUUUUUUGUGUAUUGUGAUCAUCGUCUUGAUUGACUUACAAGGUUAAUUGCCUCAUAUUUUAACCUCAUAUUGCAUCUAUUGUGUCUACUAUGUGCAUUAAACUUUUACAUGCACAUCGCACGCAUGUUUUUACUACCUUAUGUCACAUAGUGUUAUAUGUGCCAUACCAUGCUAACAUUGAGUCACUUAACUCCAACAACUUUCAAUCUUCAUGACACACUCCCUUGAACAUCUUUAGUAUUAGCAAAGUUAUUCAUCUAAGUCAUUCAUAAAUUCACACUAGCUUCCUUUAUUUUGCACAUGUUGCAUCAUGUUGACAACGUUGUGCCAUGACAAUACACCACUUUGAUGUAUUACAUCUCAAAAAUUCAUAAAUCCACUUUGUGAAUCUCUCUUUGACCUAAUGGUGUCAUUUACUCAACUCAUGUACACAUAGAUGUGACGUCUUUCGUUUUGCAUGUGUCACACCAUCCAAUGCCAAACCACAUUAUAUCACUACCUAACUUAGAUGCAUUCAAAUUUGUUAGAGCAAAAGUCAUAUUCAACUUGCUAGUGGUGCAUCAUGGCAUUUCCUUGGGGGCGGACAACAAUACAAGGCACCAACUAAAAUAUAUAAAAGCCAAAGAUAUCUUGUUUUCUCUUUGUAGGUGUUGGUCAUGACCUACUUUGAUACAGGAUGAGGCGAGAACCCUUGUAUCUGAUCAAUGAAACUUAAGACUUAGGAUAGAAUAGUCGGAUCGAUCCAAUAAGAAUGUAUGGGAUCUAGACUUUAGGUCUAACCACUUAACCUAAGUACAGACAGGCGUACCAACAUACACUAUCAACCUAAGAUAACUUGGAGAAACACUCGACGAUCAUAAGUGUGAGACCCUCUCAGUCCACAUCGAGAAAUACGGCGGAACAGUUAUCGUGAAGUAGCCUAGGGCUGCAGCUCACGAAGGGUGACGAGUGUGACACAAUAUUAGAAGACAUGAUCCUAUAACCCGUCCUAUCUUGUCUACGUUCUCUUAAUGGUGGUGGAAAUGAGCCAAGAAAACCCUUUGAAAGAUAAUUAAACUUAAGUAAAAAGGGAUAUGAAGUUAACCUUCGGGGUUGUGUAGCCUGGAGGGUUGUGAUGGAGUGGAGACUUGACGUAAGUAGAGACGUAUAGUGAAGAACGAUGCUCAACGUCAACGGUUGGUCUUGGUCGAGAGUCGCAGUAGUCAUCUUCAUAAGGUGUGGCAUGGUCGGCGUGGGCGUGGGCCAGCUGGUGGGCCGAAGGGCACGCUAAGGGGCGCGCGCGACAAGCUGCACGGCGUGCCUCGAGGCACGUAGGCAGCGACACCGGGUGGACAUGCGGGCCGCAAGAGCCAGCGUGGGGGGCACGUGCGGCGGUAGCGCUUCGGCAGGAAUGCCGAGCAUCAGUAGCACAUCGCCGGGAAUGCCAAGCGUCAAUGGCGCUUUAGGGGGAAUGUCGAGCGUCAAUAGCACAUCGGCGGGAAUGCCAAGCAUCAGCGGCGCUUCGGAGGGAAUGUCGAGCGUCGGCGGUUGGGUGGAAGCCCAACUGUCGUCAGAAGGAUCGGCCUUCUUUGAUGGCGUCGGGAAGCAGAGUAGAGGAAGAAGACGAUCCGGCCGAUGA